GAGGGAGGAAAAUGCUCGGGCUCCAUGGCUGCCAGUGAUGGAGCGGUCCCUGGGCUCCCGCUGUCGCCGACGCCGCUGCCACCGCCACCGCCGCGCCCCGGCCGCGCUCCGCGAGGACCCGGCGUCUCUGCGCGCCCGCCCGCGCCUCGUUGCUGGGUUCACCGUACCGGGCGCCCCGCCACCGCCGCCUCCUUCUCCCCGCUCCCAGCCGCGCCGCCCGGGUCCCAGCCGCGGCCAGUCUUUGCUCCCGGAGCAGCCGUCGCGAGCCCAGGGGGUUUGAGAGGGGCCGCGGGCCGCGGGGGGAGGCCCGAGUGGGGCCGGCCGCGCCGGCAGGGGAGGUUGGAGCGACGCUGAGCUCGGAGCUCGCCGGCGGCCGCGGCGCCGGGGGUGGCGAGGGCCGGGCGACCGCUCGCUCGCUCCGCGCUGCCUCAGUGCAGGGCGAGCGGCGGGGCUUUGCAGUGGCCGCCGCCGCGGGAGGAGGGGGCUGAGCUGGCUCCGGAGUUGGCCAAAGAAGCUAGCCCUCGAAGGCAGGAGCAGUCGGCGCCUUCGGCCGAGGAGGAGGAGGAGGAAUCGCGUCGGGCGGAGCUUCAGGUCCUGUUCUCCUCUCCGGCUUCUCCAUACAAAGAUUACGGUGCAGAAGGAAAUUGCACUCGCCUUCUCCGCCCCCCGGUACCCAGCACAAUGCACCAGCCGCCGGAGUCCACUGCCGCGGCGGCCGCCGCCGCAGACAUUAGUACUAGGAAGAUGGCGCACCCGGCGAUGUUCCCUCGAAGGGGCAGCAGUGGCGGCAGCGCCUCUGCGCUCAGUGCAGCAGGUACCGUCGUCAGUGGUGCUGCUCCAUCUUCUGAGGAUUUUCCUCCUCCUUCGCUGCUCCAGCCGCCGCCUCCUGCUGCAUCUUCCACGCAGGGACCUCAGCCUCCGCCUCCACAAAGCCUGAACCUCCUCUCGCAGGCUCCGCUGCAGGCACAGCCUCUUGCGCCGGGCGGAACUCAGAUGAAAAAGAAAAGUGGCUUCCAGAUAACUAGCGUUACUCCGGCUCAGAUCUCUGCCAGCAUCAGCUCGAACAACAGCAUAGCGGAGGACACCGAGAGCUACGACGAUCUGGACGAGUCUCACACGGAGGACCUGUCUUCUUCCGAGAUCCUUGACGUGUCUCUUUCCAGGGCCACUGACUUGGGCGAGCCUGAACGCAGCUCCUCGGAAGAGACUCUGAAUAACUUUCAGGAAGCCGAAACACCUGGGGCAGUCUCUCCUAACCAGCCGCACCUUCCUCAGCCUCAUUUGCCUCACCUCCCACCACAGAACGUUGUGAUCAAUGGGAACGCUCAUCCCCACCACCUCCAUCACCACCAUCACCUUCAUCACGGGCACCACCUUCACCACGGACACCACCAUUCGUCCCAUGCUGCUGUGACCACUCCGUCCAUUCCUGGAGGGCCACCCUCGAGCCCAGUGUCCCGAAAACUCUCUACAACUGGAAGUUCUGAUGGCGCUGUGCCGGUUGCCCCUGCUUCUGCUGUAUCAUCCAGCGCCUUACCUGCAUCCGGGAUGCCGAACCUCCGCGCUCCAAGUACUGCAGGCAGCAUAGGUAUAAAUUCUGUGCCUGGCACGAGUGCGACGAAUAAUGUUAGCGUUGCUGCUGCGGGUAGUUUCAGUCCUCACGUGACAAGCGGCGUGCAUGGUAAUGCUAAUAUAAGUACAAGCAAUAUUCCUAGUGCUGCUGGUGUAGGUGUUGGGCCUGGAGUUAGCAGUGGUGUUAAUGUGAGUGCCCUGAGUGGCAUGGGCAAUGGUACUGUCUCUUCCUCUCCUGUUGCUAACAGUGUCCUUAAUGCAGCUGCAGGUAUCACUGUGGGAGUGGUUUCAAGUCAGCAGCAGCAACCAACAGUUAACACGUCAAGGUUCAGAGUUGUGAAGUUAGACUCUACUUCUGAACCCUUUAAAAAAGGUAGAUGGACUUGCACCGAGUUCUACGAAAAAGAGAACGCCCUGCCGGCCGCAGAAGGCGUGGCCAUAAAUAAAGCGGUGGAGACCGUGAAGCAAACCCCCACGGAAGUGUCUUCGGAGAGGGAGAGCACUAGUGGGGGUUCGGUGAGCAGUAGUGUCAGCACGCUGAGCCACUACACGGAGAGUGUGGGAAGUGGCGAGAUGGGAGCCCCUGCUGUGGUGGUGCAGCAGCCGCAGCCGCCACCACCACCACCGCUGCCAGUUCUUCCAGGUGUGGCCCUCCAGCAGAUGGAUUUCAGUAGCCCCGGGCCACAGAGUAUUGCAGCAGCUAGUAUACCGCAGAGUAUUUCUCAGCCGCAGAUGUCACAAGUUCAAUUACAGCCUCAAGAAUUGAGCUUUCAGCAGAAGCCGGGUCUUCAACCUGUACCUCUGCAAGCCGCCAGGAGCGCAGCCGCCGGUAUCCAGCCUUCGUCUGUGAAUGUGGUAACGGCAGCUGGAGGUCAGCAGCCCUCCAUUUCCAGCUUGGCUCAACCCCAACUGCCGUACCCCCAGACAGCUCCUCCAGUGCAAACUCCUCUCCCAGGGCCGCCACCCCAACAGUUACCGUAUGGGCAGCAGCAACCAAUGGUUUCUACACAGCUAGCUCCAGGCCAUGGCCAGUCGAUGACUCAAAACCCUUCGUCAGAAUACGUACAGCAGCAGCCAAUUCUUCAAGCAGCGAUGUCCUCUGGACAGGCCAGUUCCGCAGGAUCGGGAGCAGGACCAUCCGUGAUUCCUGUGGCCCAGCCACAGGGCAUCCAGCUGCCAGUGCAAUCCACAGCAGUACAAGCACAACCUGCAGGGGCAUCUGGGCAGCCCAUUGGCCAGGCUCAAACAGCAGUGUCUGCUGUCCCAGCUGGCAGUCAAAUUGCAAAUCUUGGUCACCAGGCCAACAUGCCCACUGCAGCACAGCAGCCAUCCACCCAAGUUACACCUUCAGUUAUCCAGCAAGGUGCUCCUCCAUCUUCACAAGUAGUCCUACCUGCUCCGACUGGGAUCAUUCAUCAGGGAGUUCAAACUAGUGCUUCAGGCCUUCCUCCACAAUUGGUUAUCGCACCCCAGAGUACCUUGUUAACUGUGCCUCCCCAGCCACAGGGAGUAGAAACCGUGGCCCCAGGAGUUGUUACCCAGCAGAUGCCCGCAGGUAGUCCUUUGCCCUCCGCUAGUAGUAUUUCUGUUCCAGGUCAGGUUAGUUCAGCUGCUCCUCCUGGAAUGCCUUCCGCCCCGACAAACUUAGUUCCACCACAGAAUAUAGCACAACCCCCGGCUACCCAAAAUGGCAGUUUGGUUCAAAGUGUUAGUCAAUCCCCCUUGAUAGCCACUAACAUAAAUUUGCCUCUGGCACAGCAGAUACCACUAAGUUCUACUCAGUUCUCUACACAAUCAUUAGCUCAGGCAAUCGGAAGCCAAAUGGAAGAUGCCAGGCGCCCAGCGGAGCCCUCCGUAGUCGGCUUACCUCAGACUCUGAGUGGUGACGGUGGGGGAAUGUCAGCAGUUUCAGAUGGGAGUAGCAGCAGCCUAGCAGCCUCUGCUUCUCUCUUCCCGUUGAAGGUGCUACCGCUGACAACACCCCUGGUGGAUGGCGAAGACGAGAGCUCUGGUGCAAGUGUGGUAGCUAUCGACAACAAAAUCGAGCAAGCUAUGGAUCUGGUGAAAAGCCAUUUGAUGUAUGCAGUUCGAGAGGAAGUGGAGGUUUUGAAGGAGCAGAUCAAAGAACUAAUAGAGAAAAACUCCCAGCUGGAGCAGGAGAACAAUCUGCUGAAGACCCUGGCCAGUCCGGAGCAGCUCGCCCAGUUUCAGGCUCAGCUGCAGACUGGCUCCCCUCCGGCCACCACGCAGCCACAGGGGACCACACAGCCCCCUGCACAGCCAGCAUCCCAGGGCUCAGGAUCAACCGCAUAGCCUGCUAUGCCCCCACAGAACUGGCUGUUGUCUGAACUGAACAGACCGAAGAGAUGUGCUAGUGAGAAACCACCUCCAGCCACCCAUUUCAUUGCUGUCUACAGAAGAGACGUGAGACUCACACAUGCCAUUCUCGCUUUCUCCCCAGUAUUAAGCACUCAUAUGCUUUUGGCUUGAAGAAAUGUGCUAGUUGAGUGAAUUAAAGGUUAAUCAGAGAAUGAGCAUGGAUGUACCCUGUGCAACUUGGCAGAUGUCUGAGGAAUGGUUUAAUUGAUGCUGAGGAGCUGUGUGCCUUUUAAACCCUUCCCAGCCGCCCACCCUGCUUCCAAGAGCUCUCGGGCUUGCCUGCAUGACGCUUGGAAGGUGGGCUGCUCCUGGAUUUUGUGCUCUCCUCUCCGUCCCCUCGAGGAACUCGAAAGAGAGGACAGAAACAAGACUGCAAUGAGUGGAGAGGGGUUUGGUCAUUUUACAAACCGACAACUGUCACCAAAGUUUAUAAGACAAUAGUACUGUCCCUCUCUUCUGAAACAUGGAAGACACAGAACUAUUAGUGAGACAAACGGGGACAGGUAGCUGGGACCUAGGCUAUCUCAUUAUGAAGGUUGUUUUUGCUUAUUGUAUAUUUGUGUAUGUAGUGUAACGAAUUUGUACAAUAGAGGGCCGUAACUGCUGUUUAGGUUGUACAGAUUGGAAUUUAGAUGUUACAUUGGCUGUCUGGAAGGUGUGGAUUGUCCUUUGUAGAGAGAGAGGGAGACCUCCAUAAAAACUGAUGACAAAAACCACACCUGAAGAAACGUUAAGAAUUUGGCACAGUUAGUCACUUGGUGUAAUCUGAAAUCUAGCUGCUGAAUCUCACGAAGUAAAUCCCUGCUCACCGAUGUCUCUGGCGAGCUGGUUGACUACUUGGAGAAAUGGAUUUCCCAGGAGAAAUGGAUUUCCCAGUAGGGGUUUGCGCAUAUCACCUGUAUAGUAGUUGGAUGCGUAGGUUACCGGGCAUGUUCUCUCCAGUUACCACUGUAUUUAACUGUUGUACUUGUCACCUUUCAAUAAAGCAUAUAAAACGUUGAUA